AUGGCAGAAGGGACUGGUAAUGUACCAGAUAUUCAAGACUUCGAUGAUAAGAUACAAACUGGUAGUGAUACGGAUUUCGGUGUGAACAGCGAGAUUCCAAACCGAACCAAGCUACUUCGUGAUACGUUAGAGCUCCUUGUAAAUCGGUCUGACGAACAGAGGAAACAGUGCGAUCAGUUAUCGCACGAAAACCGUUACUUGCAAGAUUACAUCGAAAACUUGAUGUCACAAGGCAAUGUACUGGACAAAUGA